AUGGAUUUGUAUAGGCGUCCGAUGUCGGUCGUGGGUUCGUCCGAGUACUAUUGUCCACGGCUACUGGAUUAUUUUCUCAUUAUUGGACCCCGAAAACACGAAGAAAGUGGAAAUCAAUUAUACGAAUCUGCAAUCCUUAAACAAUAUCCCCCCAUUGAGCACGAAGACUUUCCACUACCCAUUGAAACUGUUCAUUUUUGCCAACCAGACCCUCUAACUCGUCAUGAUAUUCAAACCUAUUUUUCCUCCGAUUCCUCGUCAUUUGUUUUCACGCUUACUGAUAAGGACAAAAAUCGUACACGCUAUGGCGUCUGUCUUAAUUUUACAUGCAAAAUUAAAGGGGAUGAGAUUGAUUCCGCCAUAUCGCUAAUAUCGCUUUGCAUUAUCACUCACCACCCUAUAUUCUCUGGAUUCCGUCGCUGUUUGAAUGCAAUUAAGGAUAUGAUUGAUUGUAUACCAGGAUUCGGAAAAUUGAUAACGGGGCAAAAUUGGAAUCUGGAGAACUUUUGGGAAAUAUUUUUCUAUAAUGAUUUAACGGAAAAUAAUAUAACAAAUUGUGAAGUUUUGAUUGCAAUUGAAUUCGAGAAGUGGAUCCUUCGGUUAUUAAGUACUCCUGCACCAGUACCUGGCAAUACUUUUAUUCGCUUAAAACUUUUCCCGGAAGAGAUAGAACCGCCGCUUAUUUUCGCCAUGCCAGACAAGAAUCGCUUAUCCCUUGUGGAUUUCUCGUUUUACAUCCCAAUGGAAUUACUUGGUAUCCAGAACUGUCUAAAAGUCAUUUUAGCCGUUCUUCUUGAGCAAAAGGUGUUACUUAAAUCGAAGGAUUAUAAUGCCCUCACAAUGUGCAUCUUGGCACUCACAAAGAUGCUCUAUCCACUUCAAUACAUGUUCCCUAUUCUUCUAUCACCAACACCGUUCCUAAUCGGAAUUCCUUCUAGCUUUCUCCCAGAAAAGGGCAAGCAUGUUCCGAUGUCGGAGAUUUUGUUGGUAGAUAUUGACACUGGAGAGGUCUGUUUCUUUAGCCUAUUCAUUACUUGCUUCUAA